AUGCCGGAAUGGGAGAUGGUCCAGGUGGAUGGUGAAUGGUACCAUAUAGGUGGAGAGAGUCUAGGUGCCGAGAUUGAAUUCUUACCGGAUGAAGAAUAUAAAAAGGAAGAACGAUUAGUACCUUACUCCUUGGUGCCAUCGUUGCUGCCAGAACCAAUUGGGGGUUCACGAUCCGGGUUGAUGCGUUACCCCUUCGAGAAGGAUGCAUUACAUGCAGCUGUCCGAGAUGGACUUCCGCUCGAGAGUACCUUGGAGAAGCUUCGUCGAAUAUGGGAGACGUUGUAUGAGCGCGGGGGCAGUUUUGAAAUCACGGAUGUUGACGAUUUUAGACAUUUGACCUGCUACGGCUGGAAGGAUGUUGAUGGGAACAGUCUGCAGGAAGAAGAAGAAGGCGAUCCGCGAACACUUGCCGGACCGGCUCUCUCAGCGGAGGAAUUCAAGGUCAACAUUCCGCCUGUUCGUUGUGAGUUGAACAAGCGAGCAGGUGCGCCUGCCGUAGUUCGACUCGUGGGUGCCACACACUGGUACCGCAUCAUCAGUUUCCAGGGCCUGGCAGCCAUCUUAAAGUCGAAGACUGUCGAUAGUGACAUUGACAUAGAUCAAUUUAUGUCUUCCGGGAAGUUCACAAGUCCUGGCUUGAACCACCGUUUCGCACGGUCCCCCUCCAACGGUUCAGGGACCUUCUGGACGUCCAUGUGCGCUGCAAGGGUCGUAGCGAGGACGCCAACCCCCCAAACGGGCAACGGCCUUUGUACGGCGAUUGGAAGUCUGGGCGCGCUCUAUGGUACUACCAAGCAUUCUGGACCUGCAAGUUACUUGCAAGAGAUGGCCUUCACCAUGGGCAUUUUUCAGUCCAGGCUGGGAGCUGCAGGCGGGUUCUGCAUGGAUGACCCAGUGAAAGGCUUUGUGAAUGAUGUGCCAGAUCCAGGUUUCUUGGAGACCUCCUGGCCGGAAGGCCGCUACGACGGCCAUAUGAUACCUGUAGCACUUAUUCUACAGGCUCUUCGUGAUGCCGCCGACUCAUGGGAGCAGGUUGCCAAUCACCUCAGCUCCCUCGUAGACGACCAGGGUGCCAUUUUCGAUCCUGACGAGCACGACCGUCUUUUAUUCGAUGACAAUACGUUCUCACGCUCGCGGCUUUACUUCUGGCCCAUCGACCGUCUGGGGAUGUUCAUUCCUAGCAUUUCAGCAACCAUGCGAGAGUGGCAGAACUUCUGGGAAGCUCGCAAACACAUUUUCAACGCCGGUGAGAACUUCAUCAGGGAGGUUCGCCGAGAAACAGGAGAUGCAGCGAUCCCCUGGUGUGCCCCUUUGGACUAUUUGGCAAAUCUGGUACCACAGGUGGAAGGACCAAACCGCCUGCUUAGAGGUGUUAAAAUCCUGUCUCGAAAAUAUGCGCUCCCAGAUUGA